CACGAUUUUUUGCACCAGAAAAAGCCAAAGCACUUGUAGAUCGAUAUUCAAGAUAAUAUAGACAGGGAGUUUCAAGAAGUUGGUGGGGAUGAAGAAGCACACGCAGCAUGAUCCAACAAAGACAGGGAGCAAGCCAGAAGGAACUCUCCAGCUCUCCUCUUCCAUAUUCAGCCCCUGCUGAAGGGCUCUUUGAGAUGGAUGAAUUGUCUGCUGUCCCUGCUUGCCAUCCUUUCAUCCAAAAGUAUAUAACAUGGCUUCACGUCAGUCAGUCUGUAUGAUAAUGAAAAGACUUGCGUAUAUGUAUUUGUCAAUAUAUUAUCCUUUUACUUCAAAGUUUGGUUUAUUAACUAUAUUCUGUUAACUAUAUUUAACACCAUAGCUGCAGCUAAAAAUAGUCAUUCAAUCCGUUAAUUACUGAGGAUAUUCACAUUUCUGUUGCUUGCUUUUAUUGUAUACAUGGAAUCAUUCCUAAAACAAAUAAUUUCUUUCUGUUAGAGAUUGUGGGGAAAGAGCUCACAAUGUCUUUCUCUGCCAUAGGCUUCAAUUCCUCUGUUAUCAAAAUUUCAUUUUCUUCUCUGUAACGUAAUUCUCCAGGCCAGAUGAUGGAGUCAGAACGAGUUGGCGUCUCCCGGACAAAAGCCAUUCUCAGGCAAUUGCAGUGUAGGGCCCAAAACCACCUUGCACAUGCUCCCUUUUCCGGGAAGAUUCAUAAGCAACACGAGGAGAUUUCAAAGGAAGAGUUGCUCACCGGAGAACUGUCAGAUGGCAGUUGGCAUGGCCAUCUAGGUCCGGAACAUGUACCGAAAGGGUCCUUGGCAGUGUACGUGGGGCAAGAACAACGAAGGUUUGUGAUUCCGAUGAGCUAUUUAUCGGUGCCAGAAUUCAAGGUUUUGAUGGACAAAUCGGCGGAGGAAUUUGGGUAUGAUCAAGAAGGUGGUUUGCAAAUUGCAUGCGAAGAAAAAGACUUUGAGGAUAUAUUGGCCAGAUGUGUAAUGUACAAGAACAAGAAAAAUAAAAAAAAGGUCUAAAACACAAAGGUACUUCCACUUAAGCUUCUUCUUUAAGAAAUAUACUUUCAUCCUUCCAUGGGUUUGUACAAUGGAAUUCUUUUUUCUUAUCAUACAAUUAAUUUGAAUGAACGUCUACAUUGUGU